UAAAUCCCUAGAUUAAGAAGGUUUAUCUCACGGAAGCAACCUCACGUUCGCCGCGCCGCUGCCACCGCCGCCCCGCCACCCCGCCGCCAUGAUCAGCCAAGACGGCGUCAAUCUCGCAGUCUGCGUCAUCACCGCGCACUUCGGCGACCUCGUAGCUAAGGUCUGCAGUUGCCUGCUGAAGAGAGGAAGCCUCUCACUUCAAGAGAUCGUCCGCACCACGGAGUUCUCUAACUCACAGGUCAAGAACUGCCUCCUUGUCCUUAUCCAGCACAACUGCGUCCAAGCCUUCUCCGUUCCAAGAGGAGGGGCGGGUGGGGCGACGAAGACGGUGACGCAGUACAUGGCGCUCUUCGAUAACAUCCUCCACCGAAUGCGUUUCUCAAAAUUCUUGGCCAUUGUCAAAGGGGAUCUCGGGGUACAGUGUGAGACUCUUCUGCAGGGUAUACUAGGAUAUGGUAGGUUGACUUUUGAUCAGCUCAUGGUACGGGCAACUUCAAAGCAGUCAGAAGGCAGUUCAUGCAAUGUGGAUGUUUUGAGAAAAAACUUCAGUAAAUUAGUACAUGGACAUUAUGUUGAACGAUGUCCCAGGCCUGAACCCUUUAUAGCACCCUCAGAGGAAGCAGCUCCAGCAAGGAAACGCAGUUCUAAGUUCAGGGAAGAGAUUCUUUCUCUCGAGCAACAAGUUGUAAUAGCUGCAAGCCUCACUGAUGCUGAAAGAUUUUCUGAAAUUCCUAAUACUGGAACUGACGCUUCAGUCACUGAAGAUAAACAGGAUGUCACAGUUGGUGAUAAGCGUAAAUUUGAGUCUACAGAGUUAGAUGAAGAGACUGAAGCUACAAUAUCUGAAACUGAGGUCCUCUGGCGGGCAAAUUUUCAGAAAUUUGUUUUUUGUCUGAAGAAGAAGGUUUGUGUUGCAAAGGUGAGGUCAAGGAAGGGUCUUGAUGCUGGUGUUGUGUUGGAAGCGAUCAUUGAGUCCAGCGAACAAGAAUGCGAUUCUAGUAAGAUCUAUGUUAAAGCAUCGAUGGAUAGUAUUUUGGAAAAAGUGAGAGGAAAACCUGAUGGUAUUUCGAUGACGUUGGAACUUGUAAGGGGAAUCCUUGAAGAUCUUGAUUGUUCUUCACAUACUGAGGAUUGCAAUGUUUACUACACAAUAGAGUUGCAAUGCAUUACUGAAUCUUGCCGGAAGGAUGAGGUUGAGUCACUUAUAUUAACAAAGUAUGGGAAAGAGGCAUUUAGGAUAUUCGGAUUGUUGAAUAGAAAAGGUUCCCCUGUUGAGACAGAUCAGAUUUCAGACUUUACAUUAGUUGAUAAGAAAGUUGCACAGCAAGUGUUAUACAACUUGUGGAAAGAUGAUUUUCUGUCUAUGCAGAAAGUCUCUGUAGAAGGAACCGGACAGAGGAGGGAAAAUUUUUUGUGGAAAUUGAACAAGAAAUCUUCAUGGAAUCUUGUCCUAAACCAUUUAUAUCAUGCUGCACUUAAUUUAAACCAAAAGAUUACUCACGUAGUUGAACAGGAACAUGAGGCCCUGCUGUCUGAAGAAAAACUCAAGCAUCUGAAGAACAGUAGGACGAUCCUAGAAUUGUCCCUCUUAAAACUAGAUGAUGCUAUUAUGAUUUUCCAUGAUUUUUAGGCAUAAAUGCAAGUACUUUUGUUAUAUUUAAUCAAUUGUAAAAUAUAUUUGGGUUAAUUAUGGACGACCAGGAAUAAUGAAUUACGGAUCCUAUUUUCAA